UCAAUAAAAAGGGCGGCAGCGCGCGCUUUCUCUUCUCGAGUCCGAAGAUCGAUGCGAUCGUGGAAAAAAGGGCUGUGAUCGAGGCGAUGAACAGUAGUCUUUUCUUGGGAAGGAUUGGGAUUACUGGAUUAGUAGGGUCAGGGCUUGGGCUGAAGAGAAAAGUUGAUGAUGAUUAUGUCUGAGGGAAGCGGCUACCAAUACCAUGGCCAUGGGGCAUCCCAAAAGGACAAGUGUGAGGGCACUCCGGCGGCCUCACGUCCUCGCCGGAAAACGAAGAAUCCUCCUUCACCGUCUUCUUUCAUCCGCGCCACCGUGGACGGCAAAACCAUGGUGUUGUCCAAGUUUUUCCCUCUGCCUGCCAAUGCAUCCGAUGUGACGGUCAUCUCUAGGAAGGAGGCUGAUAGGGCUGCCAGGGCUCGCAUUAGGAAUGGCCUUCUUCAAGCUCCUCCGCCAAACAAACCUCCUCGCCGGAGAAACAAAUCUCCUCCUUCUCCACCUCCUUCACCGCCAUCAGCCUCCUCCUAUUAUAUCCGUGCCAUUGUUAAUGGUGAAACAAAGGUGCUGUCGCCCUACUUCCCUCUGCCUGCUAAUGCAACCUCUGUGGAAAUAAUCCCCAAGAAGAGGAAGGAUGACAACACCACCACCACCACCACCACUACUACCAACAACAACAAGAAGAGCAAAGUUUCCCCUCAGUUGACUGCUGCAGAGAAAAAGUCUGAUGCUUACAAACGCGUGGACGCCAACAAUACUUGGGUUCCUCCAAGAUCUCCAUACAAUCUUUUGCAGGAAAAUCAUUACUUCGAUCCUUGGAGGGUCCUCAUUAUUUGCAUGCUGCUCAAUAGGACUACUGGCAGGCAGAAAAAUGAACAUUUUUCCCUGUUGGCAAAACCCCCGUGUUCUAUGUUUGGUGCAACAGCUAACUUUUUUGUUGGAAAUAAACCCCUGUCCUGGAAAGCUGAAGUGUCUUCUCUUUUAAUCCUCAAAUAUCUAUGUCCAAGUACUCUUUUCCACAUCGUCACCAUUUUUCCCGCUGAGCAUGGCAAAUAUUUGCCUUCCAGUCAAUGGGAGUCAUCACAGGAGGUUCGUGAGGCAAUACGGCACCUGUUUUGUUUGUGCCCUGAUGCUGAGUCAAUGGCAUGGAAUGCUGACGUGGAGGAGAUAGAAGAGGUUAUACGCGGUCUAGGAUUUCAAAAAACUCGUGCAAGAAAGAUGAAACGCUUUUCACAGGAGUAUCUGAGAGAUGAUUGGACUCAUGUCACACAACUUCAUGGUGUUGGGAAGUAUGCAGCAGAUGCAUAUGCGAUAUUUUGUGUUGGAAAACCAGAGGAAGUGAUUCCACAUGACCACAUGCUAGUGCCAUAUUGGAAGUUUCUAUGCAACAUGCAAGAGGCAGCUGAAAAGACUCUUGGUUUGCAAAAUCAACAUAUGAUAAAAGAAUAAUUGAUUAGUGGUCCAAUUUAUUGUGCCAAGUGCUUUUCAUGUCGUGGUAUUUACGGAUUGUUAUGUUUGAAAUGCUCCUACAAUCUUUAAAAUUGUGUUAAGUUUUAUAAAUUCCAUGAAGAGGAUAUGGACAGUAGAAUGUGGUGCUGGCGUUGUAGGUAUACUCUUGAAAUAGAGCUAGAACACCUUGAAACUGAGUUUGGGGACUAGAAGUUAGAUUUUAUGGGCCAUUGUUUGUUUCGUUCGAAUGUCCCUUUUGAUUAGCACUUUUCUUGUUCGUACAUUAUGUUGUUAAUUUCCUUCCUGUGA